GGGAGGAGUUGGGGGAGUGGGGAAGAAGGGGUUGGCUUCUCUCAGCUGCGGUUGCCGAAAUCCCCCCCCCAAUCAGUUCCAUCCUUUCGUCUUUCCCUUUUUUAACAUCUCCCUUCCUUUCGAUUACGUUGUUGAUUGAUGACUUGAUUGCCCGAACUCAAUCUUCUCAAUACACGAACUCGUCAUCUCGGCAGAAAGAAAAGAAACAAAGCAGACCGAGUAGAACUUGUUAUAUGGUUGGGUACGCGGCCGGAAGCGUGUGAGUUUCCGCUCCUCCUGUCGUGGCGAUGGACGGACGAUCGGACCACGGUGCCAGCAGCAGCAGGCGAGGCGCUGGAGAGAGCGUCAUCACGGACUAUGGGUUGUACAGGAGUUCCUGCGGUUAUUGCAGAUCAGGCGGCCGAACGAGCCUCUCUCACGGGUUAGGGGCCGACAGAAUCACAGUGGAUGACUAUCAAGAACUUCUUGAUCGUGGAUGGAGGAGAUCAGGCAUGUUCCUUUACAAACCUGACAUGGAAAGAACAUGCUGCAGAUUGUAUACCAUUCGUCUUAAAGCGGAUGAGUUUGUUGCUGCCAAGGAGCAAGCACGUGUAUCUAGACGAAUGCAAAGGUUCUUAGAUGGUAAUCUUUGCUUAAAGAAGGCAGAUUUGGCAAAUGGCCAGCAAGCUGCGCCUAAUGCUUUAUCCACUGACAGUAGCAAUCAAUCUCCAAAUAUUUGGGCUUCAGAAACGUUGAUGAAGGAAUCUUCUACUGAUACUUGUAGUAUUACACAUGAGUUGGAUCAGUAUGACAGGAACUUAUCUGUUAACAUUGAUAUAGCUGUUAGCACAUGCAUUAAGCAUAGUGUUUUACCUUCUACAGUUAACUUUCCCCAAGCUUCUGUCAAGAGGGUAGUUCCGCAGAUGAAGAAGAAGCUGCAUAAUAUUGCUAGAGAUUUGCUGUACACUUGCAGCAUUGCUUUUCAGAUAGCAGCAGCUAUAAGGCGGUCAUCAGUAGAAAAAGAAUUUACACCUGCUUAUGUAGCAGAGAAACUGGCUGAGGCAAUGGAUCUGCAAGGUGAAUUUUCUGACUUGUCAGUCAGAGCAUGUAAUGGCCAUCUAAACUUUUACUCAGAAAGAAAGCAAGCUAGUUCAGAUAAACUGUCUUGCACUGUGGUUACCUCUGUAAAAUCUCCUCAAGGUAAUGCAGCCAAUGCCAAGCGAAAAUGCCUUCUUGAUGACAAGAGCCCAUCUCAAGUUAAAAAGAAAAAACUUGAGAUUCGUAUGAGCAGAUCAAGUUUCGAUCCUGAGGAAUUUGCUCUGUAUCAAAGGUACCAAAUUAAGGUGCACAAUGAUAAGCCUGAUCAUUUGGACGAAAGCUUAUAUAGAAGAUUUUUGGUGGAAUCCCCUCUUAUUUUUGUUCCACCUGCUGGUGACGGCACAGUCCCGUCUUGUGGUUUUGGUUCUUUCCAUCAACAGUAUUUGAUCGACGGGAAGCUUGUUGCAGUUGGUGUGGUUGAUGUUCUUCCUAGAUGUCUGUCUAGCAAAUAUUUAUUCUGGGACCCAGAUUUUGCCUUUUUGUCACUCGGUAAGUACUCAGCUCUGCAGGAAAUUAAUUGGGUCAAGGAGACAGGAAUUCUGUGUCCCAGCAUUCAGUAUUAUUAUCUUGGAUAUUACAUCCAUGAAUGCGGCAAAAUGAGAUAUAAGGCAUCUUAUUCACCUUCAGAGCUUCUAUGUCCUCUUCGUUAUCAGUGGGUGCCAUUCCAUAUAGCAAAGCCUUUGCUGGAUAAAAAACCAUAUGUGGUCUUGUCAGAUUUCAUCGGCUUGGAAAAGGAGAGUGACUUGCCCUGCCAAACCGAGGCGCACUCUGCAUCACAACCUUCUUUAAUCUCUGAGGAAGAAGAAGACGAAGUUCUUUCUGAUGGUGACGAACAAUUGAUGGUUGAGUUUGAUUGCUCUGAUUCAGGUGCUGAUGAUAACACAAGUAGUGAGUUGCUCAAUGAAGUGGAACAUGGGGAUGUCAACAAUAUAAAAAUAAGAAUGAGUAACAAAACCCUUCUAUUUAAGUCAAGAAGCUAACUUCUUUUCUUUACUUGAAGGAUCUGGUUCAAGCUUUUGGCCCAAGCAAGGGCAUCGACUCAUUGAAAAUGCAGCUUCAUAGAUAUAUGACUGUCGUUGGUUCUGCAUUGUCUAAACGAAUGAUUUAUUUGCUUGAUUGACGUUCUCUGCCGUAGGAUCUUUCUCACAGUGAAUUUUCCCGAAUAGCUGUUGGUUGAAGCGGACUGCUACAAGAUGCCCUCCAAAUUGUCUAUGUAAUUGGAGACUGUUCUGUGAUGCUAGCUGCAGAUGAGGUACCGCGUGCAUUCCUAUUAAUUGCUUGUGUUCUAAAUUUCGUAAAAGACCUAGGAGUUGGGAUUUGGAGGGUGGUUCACAAAAUGUUUCUAUGAUUUUUACAGUGUACGUCACAGAGUUACAUUGACAGUCUUAUUCUACAGUGUGAUCUGUUCUCAA